UACUUAGAGGGCAAAAUGCGGAAUGAAAUUUGGAGACGUUAGUCAACUGUGCGGAGAGAAACGGCGUUUACACGUGCCAAUCUCAGAAGAAACCAAUCAAGAGGACGACGCAACAUCGCAGAUCACGCAAGCGGACGAUAGAGACAUCGAUACGUCACAAACUCCAACUCAACAGAAACAAGAAAAACGUGAAAGUCAACAGGAAGAAUUACGUAAACUACAGAUGGAGCUGGAGCAGUUGGAAAUAAGGGCUGUUCAGCUCGAUAAAGAAGAGGAUCAUCUUAGGACGAUUAUUAAAGAGGAAAAUAAACUCAAGAAAGAGAUUGAGGAGCUUCAGGCCGAUGUAUAUCGCAUUGAGAAGGAAAAGGACACAGUUAUGGAGCGUGGCCGUCUUCUGAAAGAUCAAGCAAAACUGUUGGGCAAAGAGUCUAUGUCUAAACGGGCCGAGUGCGAACAACUCGAAAUGAAAAUUCAGCAGACGCAGACGGAGCACCUGAUGACCAUGUGCACGUUGCAUGUCAAAAGUACGCGCGAUCUUCGGAUUGCCUUAUCUCGAUCUCAAGGCGCAGUACAUUUGUUUGAUUCAAAAUUACUUUCUCCACGGGAACUACAAGACAGAAUUGAGAAGACCCGAAACGAAACAACUUCGUACAAUGAACUUAUAGAGCGUACGACAAAUGUAAUGGAUCGACUGGAAAAUAGCGAAUGCGACCAUUUCAUCUUGGAACAGCAGGAAGGCAAAGACCUUCUCAACUUUUUUAGGAUAGUUAAGGAAGUGUACGUAAAGGAACUUAGCGCACUUGAUCAGGCUGCAGGACGGUUUGCAAAAUGUGCGGAGCUGAAGAUUUUAAGGAAAUUAUAAGGAUAUUUUUAAAACUUUUGAAAAAGCCGACCUUGGCAUCGGAAAUAUCUACCCAUUUUCAGCUGAAUUUGAAAGUUAAAAACCAGUCGAAUAUAAAAUACACCACAAGGGCUUUUUGAACUUCAAUCGAACUUAUUGUAGCUAUAGAAGUAUACAGGUUUUCGGUCAGACCAUAUUCUACAGCUAAAGCUGCCAAAUUAUCGAUAUUUUGUUAGAUCACAACAGCCAAUAGACGGAUCACAAACGCAUGAUUUUCCGAAUUACCUUUCCAUAUAGUAGUGUUUCAGUGUUAUAACACCAUACAAAUUUACCUGACGAUGGCCAGACGCACGGAAACGGAGUUGUGUCAACUGCAA